AUGAUAGAAGAAAUUGAAAGUCAAGCAGAAAAUACCACAAGAAAAGAGACAGAAAAUCAAAUCAUAGAUUUGGAAAGCUUAAUUUCAAAAAGUUAUAAUUGUCAUCCUUCAGAAUCAUCUGAAAUAGCAAUUCCUGAAGUGAAUAGUUUGAAACCAAGCGAUCUUUGUAAAAAAUGCAGAGGAGCUAUGUACCCUAAUAACAACUGUGAUCAAAUGAUGCAGACAGAUGAUGAUCACUCCUUAAUCUCUUCAGAGAUAGAUCCAAUUCAUUCCGAAAUCAUAGAUAUUACAUUAUCAAUCCCAAAAUUCAACUUGCCAAAUUCCAAUAUAGUUGAUUUAUCAUUUUUUACGCCUCAAGCUAUUCCUCCCACAAUCAUGGAAGCUCCUCCAUGCUUUAUUGUAUCAGCUCCUCAGCCUAUAUCUCCUCCAACUAUAGCAAAUCCACCAUGUUGUAUUGUACCAAUUCCUUCACACCCUAUUCUAUUAAACUCUACCAAUCAAUCCAAUGAAAAUUUAUCCUUAUCUAUGUUACCCCCACAAUUAAGUUACAAUCCUAAUCAUUUCUCGAAUUAUUUUGAUGUUGAAUCUACACAAAUCAUCCCAACAAAGUAUCCUAAACGACACAUUCCUUCUAGAGGCGAUAUACAUAACCCUGACUACUCCUUUAUUCCUUGCUAA